AUGAGUCAAUUUCAAUUAUUUCCACCGCCAUCAACAGAGGUGAAGCCCAAGAAUCCGUUUCGCAAGGGUGCCCACAAACCCGUCGCAAAGGCAGAACCCGGACCUUCGAUACCUCUCAAUGAAAUCAAAUCUUCUCCGCAAACAACAGAGUCGGUGCUGUUCCAAAUUAUUGAAGAUACACAGUCUCUUCCCCCUCCCCCUCCAUUACCAGCACAUCUCGCGCGGUCAAAGUCUCCGGCGAAAUCGGUGUCAUCUCAUGAUUCCCAAUCUGCACGUAGCCGAAGUCGUCAGGACAACCAGUCGAGCCACAAAGCCUUGCCUUCUCAGAGCAGUUUGAGCAAUAGCAGUGGUAGUUUCCGGACGACCACUUCGGCUACUUCACCUGAGUCAUUUCAGUCAUCUGUUUCCCCAAUCCCAAUGAAAUCGAUGUUUCCCCAGUUUGAUCCCAACAUACCCCUCAGUCAACAAAACUACAAGCCCCAAAUGCCUGGCAGUACACCAGAAUCAAAGGCAAAGCCACCUCGGCCUAAGCUUACGCUGUCACCAACAUCCGAGAUCGACCAGGUUCUUGGACCAAAGACUGUGCCUGCGAGCGUGCUCAAUUUUCCGACCGGAGUGUUGGACCCGGAAGAGGCCCGAUUUUCGUCGCCGCAAGAGUUAGAGAUGCUAUGGGAAGCUGCCAAUGGCCAACGACCCCAGAAUAUCUGUGGAUCAUUUAAUCUACGUCUGAAAAAAACUGGGCCGGCAACCUUCGUUUUUGGUAAUACAGAGCAACCAUUCUAUACGCUACAAACAUACUCCAACGACGAAUUGUCUAUAUCUCGCAGUGCGCCAUCAAACCCCGAGAAUGAUGUUCCUAUCAUGACAUUGAGCCUUGAGAAUCGCAGUCGCCGCGAACACCCCAACGACGGACUUGUCGCGCUUCUCUUUUCACGGCUAGCGGCCAUUCUUGCUAUUGAGCAGGCUGAUGAAGUCAGUAAACAACAUCAACUUUCAGGCUCAGAGUCUUCUGAAGUCGAAAGAAAUGCUCUGAAGCAGGCCGCAGCCCAGGAGUCUUGUCGGCUAUCCUGGAAUCGCAAUCUGAGACUUUAUGAACUUCGGCAUCCCUCGCUAUCCAAACGACACCUUCCAGCCCUAGUCGGGGCCGCGGGGAUCCCUCUCUCUCCUGUACAGGCCCAGUCUUCUGGUAUACUAUAUAUCACUGUCUCUACCCCGUCUAGCGAUAGCAACCUCAAACAGCCACCGACAAUCAUUGUUACUGGACCGAUCUCAUCCUCAUCUAUGGAGGCCGCAACACAAGCUGCUAAUCCACGCACGUCUAUCCUACCCGUAACUGACUCGAAUGACCCACUUGCGACUUUGGACUUUGCCACUCGAACACUUUCCAUCUCCCCAGCUGCUGUUAUUUCCACUAUUCCCUCACUAUAUGCCGUCGACUCUUUAAUCGCUGCAAUGUUGGCCGUGGCUGUAUCGGAUGAAGCUACCAACCCCAUUUUAGCAAACAUGGAACUUGGAUCCCCCAAAUCAAUGGUCUCAAGCAUCACACCAAAGUCACGGCAGGAAGGACAGUUCCGCGGAAGAUUGGUCACAACCCUAGCAGAACGUGAAGACUAUGCCGAGAGUCUCGAGCUGGCAUCUCAGAUUGAAGCAGCCAAAGCCAAACAGGAUGGGCCGAAAACAAACGGCCUCUUGAAAUUCUGGAAUCGGUACAAGUCUUCGCCGCAGGAAGUCGAACAGAAACCAAAGUCCAAUAAGAAGCAAAAGAACCAGAAGAUUGUGGUUGAGGAAUUUGACCUGGAGAAGUAUGGCCGAUACGGGCAUUCUUCGUCGCGGGAAGGGGAGAAGUUACCUGGCAUCGUGAGGGGCAUAUUGAAAAUUCUCUUCUUUGGCUUGGACUUGAUCGUAAGAAUGUUAACACUUUUUGUCAAGAUUUUGGCAUGGAUUUUGGUUCAUUCCACACGCUGUGUGACAAGUGAGAAGUUCUAA